GGCGGGGCUCGGGCCCGGACCAGACGCAGCUGUUGCCUCCCGGGAGCCCGGGCUGGGCAGCGGCUGCUCCCCCCUGGGGUCCCUGCUGGGGGGGGCCCAUCAUUAAAGCUCCUUCCCUGCCACGUGGGGAACCAGCCUCCUAGAGCCCCGGACUCUCACCAUCCGCUCCGGAGCCAGGGACUCCAGUCUGCAGAAUGACGUCCAUGUUUCCCUCCAGCUCAUCCCAUCCUCUCAUGGGACGGGGGAGAGAAAUGGCUGCAAAGGAGCCAGUUCAGGGGCUGGUGACCUUCGAGGAGGUGGCUGUGUAUUUCACCAGGGAAGAGUGGGCUCUGCUGGACCCCGCUCAGAGAGCCCUCUGCAGAGACGUCAUGCAGGAGACUUUGGUCUUGCUGGCUGUCAUGGGGUGAUCUGAAUGGCUCAUUAAGGACUGGCUGGAACCAACUUACAUCAGUGGAAUACCCGACAGAGACAAGGGAAUAAUUGUCACCUGUCCACGGGAGGAUCUCCGCUUGGCUGAGUGAAGCAUACAUGGACUCGUUGUGUUUUUGGGAGCAGGAAGAAAUGGGCUCACAGACGCAGGGAGCUCUACUGGAUCGAAGACGAAUGGACAGGCACAGUGAAAGGAAACUGUUUUCAACAGCAGCAUGGCUCAAGGGCAUUGUCCAGUCUGGACUAUAUUGUCUUCUUUGCUUCUCUGUCCUAAUCUAAGGACUUUCCAAUGCUGUGUUUCGGUUGACUAAUAAACCCUGCUAUGUUUUAAAAGUCUGCCCAGUGUCACAGCAAAAACUUGCUGAGGUGCAUUGAAGCAUGAAUGAGGAACGGUCUCUGAAGAGGAGUGUAGUUCAGCUGGGCCUGCUGGCAGAGUUCACGGGUUGAAAUAGGAGCGUUGAAGCCAGAGGCUUCCCAAGGGCUGUUUAAAAUCCAGGGCAUUGCACAGAUCCUAUGGAUCCAUGACAGUGUGCCUUAUGGGGAAAAGAUAUAAAACAAGAAAAGGAUCUAAAUGCAUAUUUACCGUGGCCCCCUCAUCAGUCCUCAUGGGACUCCCUGAUCAGUUCCAAAGUGUAUUAAAACCUUCCUUAAAGGCUUACCUCUUAACCCUGGUCUACGCUACAGGGUUAGGUUGAAUUUAGCAGCGUUGGGUUGAUUUUAAAAUGAAUGCAUCUACACAACCAACCCCAUUCCGUUGACCUAAAGGGCUCUUAAAAUCAACUUCUGUACUCCUCCCCGGCGAGUGGAGUAGCGCUAAAAUCGACCUUGCUGGGUGGAAUUUGGGGCAGUGAAGAUGCAAUGCGACGGUAUUGGCCUCCGGGAGCUAUCCCAGUGUGCUCCAAUGUGACCGCUCUGGCCAGCACUCUCAACUCCGAUGCACUAGCCAGGUAGACAGGAAAAGCCCCAGGAAAUUUUUAAUUUCAUUUCCUGUUUGGUCUGCAUGGCGAGCUCAGCAGGACAGGUGACCAUGCAGUCCCCCCAGAAUCGCAAACGAGCUCUAGCAUGGACCAAAAGGGAGACACUGGAUCUGAUUGCUGUAUGGGGAGAAGAAUCUGUGGAGGCAGAACUCCGAUCAAAAAGAAGAAAUGCAGAUAUACAUGCCAAAAUCGCACAGGGCCUGGUGGAGAGAGGCUACACCAGGGACACACAGCAGUGCCCCGUGAAAGUCAAGGAGCUCAGGCAAGCCUACCAAAAAACAAAGGAGGCAAAUGGUCGCUCCAGGUCAGAGCCCCAUACAUGCUGCUUCUAUGAUCAGCUGCAUGGCAUUCUAGGGGGGACCCUACCACCACCCCACCACUGUCCAUGGACAGCUGCAAGGGGGGAGUCUCACACAACAGGGAGGAGGAUUUUGUGGAUGAGGGGGAGGAAGAGAAUGAGCAGCAGGCACGUGGUGAAUCCGUUUUCCCCAGCAGCCAGGACCUUUUCAUCACCCUGGAGCCAAUACCCUCCCAAGGCGGGAUCCCCGACCCUGAAGCUGGAAAAGGCAGCUCUGAGUUCCCAGUUUCCAAACCUGAUGGGAUCUCGCAGCUGGAACGAGGGGAAGAACCGUGGGUCCCAGACCUCCAGGGCUCUGAGAAAGAAGUGCUCCCGAGAGCUGCCUGCACAGGCGCAGGGAGUGACCUAUGUCUGGAUUCUCUCUGUCUCCCAUCAGGUGAUGGGAUGGUGAGUGAGAACGAGGAGAAACCCCAGCAGGAAGAUGCUGAGCAAGUAGAACCAUAUGGAACGUUAUCAGGAAGAUCCAAAGGGAAUGAUUCCGGGAGUUGUGCACUCGCAGAAGAAGCAAAAGCCUGUGAGAGUCAGCAGAGGCCAGAGGAAAACUUCAGUAGCCACUCAGAUCUUAUUACACACGAGAGAAUCAACUUGGAAGAGACACGCUACACAUGCCAUGAGUGUGGGAAAAGCUUUGAUGGGAGCUCUGCCCUUAUCAAACAUCAGAGAAUCCACACAGGAGAGAAAUCCUACAUGUGUUUUGAGUGUGGGAAAAGCUUCAAUCAGAGCUUUACCCUUAUCAGACAUUGGAUAACCCACACUGGAGAGAAACCCUACACGUGCCCUGAGUGUGGGAAAAGUUUCAGUCAGAACUCAAGCCUUCUCAGACAUCGGAGAAUCCACACAGGUGAGAAACCUUAUGGAUGUUCUGAGUGUGGUAAAUGCUUUAUUCAUACUUCAGCCCUCGUCUCACAUCAGAAAAUCCACACAAGAGAGAGGCCCUACAUAUGCUCUGAGUGUGGGAAAAGCUUCAAUCAGAGCUCUGACCUGAUCACACAUCGUAGAAUCCACACAGGAGAGAGGCCCUACACAUGCUCUGAGUGCAGGAAAAGCUUCAAUCAGAGCUCAAUCCUUACUAGACAUCAGAAAAUCCACAUGAGAGAGAACUGUAAUAAAUGCCUUGACUAGGGCUGGCCAAAGAUUUUUUUUUUUUUUAAAUCACAUUUGCUAAUUCCCACAUAGUGAUCUUUGCACCAUCUUCACCGUGGUCUCUCAGCUCCCCCAGAGGAGUUGCCUGCUUCUGUCUUUUGCUGCUCACCCUUCUUUGGGAUCAGUCCUGGGAUCUUUUCUAUCAACCCCUUUCCUUUUGAGGCGUAGGAGUGUGUCCCCCUCCAGCCAGGAAUGUUCAUCAGCUCCAGGUGGGGGAGAGAGGUUUGAUCCCAACAAGCUACACUGAGGCAAAAACUACCUGUGCCUUACAUCCACUAGGACUGUACAUGGCGUUGGCUGCUCAAGUUAGUGAUCUUGGUGUAAAAAGACAAUUAUAGUUGUAGAGCAGAUACAGGUGCAGUGGUUGGCAUUAGCUUUCCCCUUGACCUGACCUAAACUCCAUCACUUUUCCUCAUCUAAACAAACCCUGAGCAUCUCAGUUAUACUGUUCCCCCAUUUCAAAGCAAUUGUUAGUCAUCAGGUUCCCCCUUCAGGAACAAAUUGUUUCAUUCUCAGUUGCUCUGAUGUUGCUGCAGGUUGGGCUGGAGAGCAGAUAUUUUUACUAUCAUUUUCCUUACUUAAAAUAUAUUGAACUAUAACAAAGAGCAGGAACAGGGCAGGGAUAGGAAAAAUGUCAUUUCACCCUCUGUAACAACAGAAGAAGAUGGGGUAAGUCAGAGGGAUUCCCUUAUUCCCCAUCACUAUCCCAACCCCCAUGUUGUUCAAUUGGUUAGGUCAAUAUUUUUUCAAAAGGGCUGGGAAGAGGAUUCCCUAGUAAAUGAGUUGGAACUAAGCAAAAUACCCAUGCAUCUGGCUCCCAAAGCAGUUGUGACCCAGGCCCUGCAGGAGAUGGCUCCUGAAGAUAGCUCCUUCCUAAUCAGGUACAUGUUGCCUAUUAUUUGGGAAAUGCAAUCCCUAGCUAGGUGGGGAUGGGAAAAAUGGAAGUGACGUUUCUGUUCCGCUCACCCCUGGGAGGAGAUACAAAUGUGUAGAAAAUGAAAUCCGUGUUGAAUGUGAUCGAGUGCAGAAAGACACCUAUUGUUAAUAGAUACCUGACAUUUGGUGUCUUACAGGGAUUGUAAACCGCACCUGAAUUUAGUCCCUAAUUUAAAUCUGUGCCACCAGAUUAAAGAAAUAAAGGGGCAUUUUGGGGGAAUUAUAUCUCACUAUCGCAACUGGUAUGUUGUGCGGUUGGUGAAGAAUUCUAUGGCAGAUAAGUGUAAAAUUACUCCAAGGAAGGUCAAAGAUUUGACAAGAACUCAGGUAGAAAUUGCAGGUACGAGUGGUUGAUUUUCACCCCAGUGAUGGACGCUAUGGUGACCUGUGGCCCAGGUAAACUAUUUUUAGAACGCUGCUCCCUAGUUAAGUGGCAUUGAUCACACUCCUAAAGGAUGCCGUGAUUAAACUGGGAACAACUGUCUUUUUCACCUGAUUCCUUCAGGGCCGUUCCAUGCCUAUGGGUCCCACUUUGGCUUCCUUGUUGGACAAGAAGCACUUCCGUGCUGAGAAAAUGAUGGUAGCCAAUGAGGGAGUGUAUCAGAUUCCAAGUUCAGACUGCAGGAUACAUGAAUGCUGAGUCCAGUCUGUGGUUUGGUCUCUUAGUUUUGCUCUUGAAUCUAACACAUUUGUAUCACUUCUCCACCUCCUGCUACUUUGAAAGAUGAGAAAAUGUGAAAAUAGAGCACAGGUGGUUUUUCUCAUGAUGCAGCCUUCCCACGUAGUGAGAGACCCCUUCCACCCACACUUCUGGGAGACAACCCUGGGAGACAUGAACUCACAGAAAUGGAAGGCUCCUAGGUUAUUGUAGAAUGUGACUUCACACAAAGCUCACUGGGUGGAAAUGGGAAUUAAGAGAAAACUGCCCAAAAGGUUUAUAUUUUGUAAUCUUUGAAUAAAUUGUUACCAGCGACAGUGAAAUUAAACAUGACAUUAAUUAGUGUAAGAGGCUGAUUCUGUGAUAACUUUUCAGUGUUACAAUAUGAUUCACGUUUUCUUCUCGUUCUCUCCCUGCCCCCUCCUACUGUAUCGGAAAUGGUGGCUAAUCCUGAAAUUAAAACCUCACUCCAAAGGAAUCAGAGUGGGGGAAUAUGUGAGAGAAAUAGCAUGUACGAGAAUAGAGACCCAGUCUGGACUGUGAUUAUUUCUAUUUCAAAUGGAAUUCAUUUUGAUAAAUUUUAAAAUAAAUCUGCUGUUAAGAGGAAAAUUACUUGAAACAAGAUGUGUAACCUUUUACCCAUCCCCUGCAGUGCUGAUGUGUUUUUGUUUGUUUGUUUGUCUCUCCUCCGGUGGUUGAUUUUUUAAUAAAAGAAUGGUUUUGGUU